UACCGUUAUAUUUGGUGGAAGCCAGGUAUUUGGUUGUACCAACGACUUCGUCACAGCAGUCCCUUUCUUCUGUUCUCUCUUCUCUCUUUCCGUCUACUUUGAAUUUUCACCUUUCAUUACUUUCCUCUUCUUCUGCUUCUUCUUCCUAACCCAAAUCAAUUUAAUUAGGACUAAGCGAUCAAGUAUCAUCCGAUUACUCUUUGUUCAGUGGCUACUGACUUCUGAGUCAAUGCCUUCUAUCAUCUCACCUCAGUGGCAAGAUAAGGCCUCUGGUUUCUUUUCUUCCUCAGGGGUCAAGCUCAAAGAAGCAAGGGAAUCAGCUGGAACAUUUGUUGGUGAGGUCACAAAGGAUACAAAGAGUAAUGUUGCUGAAGUGGCGGGGCGAGUUGGAACUAUGGUCAAAAGCCGGUGGGCACUUCUUCAGCAGCCAUCGACAAAACAUGCUGUACAGGAUCGAUUGAUAUCGGCUGCAGCUACAACUGGUUCGUUUCUAAGGAGAAGCAUAUCGGGGACAAAAGAUAAGGUGGCUGUGGGAAAAACAAAGGUUGAAGAGGUGGCCAAAAAAACAGCACAAAAAAGCAAGACUAUCUUGACAGACAUUGAAAGAUGGCAAAAGGGAGUUGCAAGUACUGAUGUGUUUGGAGUUCCUAUUGAGGUUACUGUACAGAGACAAGAUAGCAGCAGGCCUGUUCCUCAGAUAUUGGUCAAAUGUGCAGAUUAUCUUAUAGUUUCAGGAUUGAAUUCACCAUAUCUCUUCAAAUCUGAUGGAGAUAAAAAGGUUAUCCGGCAGUUGGUUUCUUUGUACAACCUAGAUUCAAAUUCUUCAAUCCCAGAAGGCACAAAUCCAAUUGAUGUGGCAGCUCUUGCAAAAUGUUACCUUGCCAGCCUUCCUGAGCCUCUUACCACUUUUGAGCUUUACGAUGAAAUAAAAGCUGCUCUAUCCAAUAUAUAUUCCAUGAGAAACAUCCUCAAGAAGCUUCCCAGUGUAAACUACAUGACUCUGGAGUUUGUAACAGCACUUUUGCUCCGGGUUAGCCAGAAGUCACUUCUCAAUAAGAUGGAUACUCGGACCCUUGCAAUGGAAAUGGCACCCGUUGUCAUGUGGCAAGAUGGACAGAGACCUGAUUUUUAUAAACAAUACUGGAACCAAGUGUCUAAAAGCCCUUCCAAAAAAGGCUUGGAUGAACCAGCUGGUUCAUAUGGUGCUUGGGACUUACUUGCUGAUGAUGAUGAAGCCAUAGAUGCAUCCUCUCCUAUUCCAUUGGAUGAUGGUGCACCAGUUGACUUUGGUGCAAUUGAGGUUGUUCAGUUGCUUAUAGAACAUCAUAAUGCAAUUUUCACAGAUGCAAAUGAGACAGUCUGGAGAUGAAUGGUCUUCAUUCUUUCCUUCUAUGUUGAAUUUGUUGACUUUGAUAUCAUGAACUGGGAACAAUUUUCUCCAAUCUUUGUCAAGAAAGUCACUAUACAGAAGCUAUAUUCUAAGUUUUUAUCAGGUUGUUUGUGCAGUGAGCGUUUUGCCUGAUAAAGAGAAAGGAGAAACUUUUUGGGAAAAAAGGAACAGAAGGAUUUGUACAGCUAUAUCCUUCCUUUAGAGAAUCAAAACUUGUUAUUUUGGUGUUUUACUGGGAUUGAUGGUAUUUGAUCUUUGUCUAUAUAGUAUAACCAUAUUUAUUUA